AACUUGCAGUCAAUUGUAUGAAUGAGUGGACAUCUCCUAUGUUUUAGCAUAGUGGGUGGAGUUUUCAGACGGUCCCUUACAUCUGCUAGGCAGUCAAAGCACAUUGGAGCAUUUCAGGCAUAAUUUUGCAGCCACACAAAGCGCUGACUGUACCGAAUCCAGUUUUUAUACCCAUAUAGUAUAGUUGUACUCCGUUUAAACCAAGCAUGCUAAUGACAUCUUUGUAAGAUUGUCGACUGAAGAGAGCGCGGAGAUGGAUAGAGACUAUGGCUCCCUGCUUUUGAGGGCAUGAGCACACAGGAGGAAGAUCUGCUGGACCAGGAACUACUGCAGGAAGACCCGUACCAUGAGGAGAUGGAGGAUGAAAUGGAACCUGAUCCCCAGCCAAGACCAUCAACUGGAUGGACGCAUUGGACUGCGGGUUGGAGGUGGUGCUCUCACAGGUGUUGAAGGGGGAGGAACGGCCAGUCCUGUACAUUAGUUGGAAACUCUAUUUGAGAGAGGCUAAGUACAGCACUGUGGAGAAGGAAUGCUUGGCCAUCAAGUGGGCUAUCCUCACUCUCCGGUACUUCCUGUUGGGGUGGGCCUUCACCCUCUGUUCCGAUCACGCCCCGCUCCAAUGGCUCUACCGAGGGUUGGGGGCGGUGCUCUCGCAGGUGGUGGAGGGGGAGGAACGGCCAGUCCUGUACAUUAGUUGGAAACUCUAUUUGAGAGAGGCUAAGUACAGCACCGUUGAGAAGGAAUGCUUGGCCAUCAAGUGGGCUAUCCUCACUCUCCGGUACUUCCUGUUGGGGUGGGCCUUCACCCUCUGUUCCGAUCAUGCCCCGCUCCAAUGGCUCUACCGAGGGUUGGGGGCGGUACUCUCGCAGGUGGUGGAGGGGGAGGAACGGCCAGUCCUGUACAUUAGUUGGAAUUUGAGAGAGGCUAAGUACAGCACCGUGGAGAAGGAAUACUUGGCCAUCAAGUGGGCUAUCCUCACUCUCCGGUACUUCCUGUUGGGGUGGGCCUUCACCCUCUGUUCUGAUCACGCCCCGCUCCAAUGGCUCUACCGAGGGUUGGGGGCGGUGCUCUCGCAGGUGGUGGAGGGGGAGGAACGGCCAGUCCUGUACAUUAGUUGGAAACUCUAUUUGAGAGAGGCUAAGUACAGCACCGUGGAGAAGGAAUGCUUGGCCAUCAAGCGGGCUAUCCUCACUCUCCGGUACUUCCUGUUGGGGUGGGCCUUCACCCUCUGUUCCGAUCACGGCCCGCUCCAAUGGCUCUACCACAUGAAGGAUACUAAUGCAUGGAUCACCCGUUGGUAUCUGGCGUUACAGCCUUUUAAGUUCGAAGUGGUCCACAGGCCAGGGAUGCAGAUGGCUGUCACGGAUUUCCUCUCCAGAAAGGGGUGGGGGGGAGAGCGGUGAGCAGUCUGGAUGCGGUGAGCUAUCUCUGGCCUGAGUCGGCCGGUGGGGGUAUGUGGUGGCGAGGGAGUGCGUCUGGGGGAGAGGGAAAGCGGUAAGGUGAUUAUUAUGACUAACAGCUGUUUCUUGUUGCAGUAAUCCUGGAAGAGUGAUAAGAGGGGGGCCGACGCCACAGGAAGAGAGAGCUAGCACACUGUGCUCCUUUUGAGUUAAAGAUUUGUGUGAAAGCAAUAAAAAUGACCUGCUUGAGUUGAAACAUUGCCCGUCUCCCGCUUCCUCUUUUAGAGUGAACAAGAACGACUGCAUAUCAAAUUAUCUUUUGUGCUUUAAAAUUGAGAUGUCUUAACUGUUCUCAUUACUUUUUUUUUUUUUUUUUUAAAUAAGUAGGGUAGACAGAGUAGAGUUGUAACACUUUUUGCUGUACUGCACAAAUACAGAGCUAAAUAUGCCAUUUUUACACAUGAGAUACUUUUAUUUUGUUAGUAGACAGAUAAAUACUGAAAACCUGAAUUGUUCCUAAUUAGUGUUUGAGUACAAGGAGAUCUAUCUAUCUUAAUUCAUUUAUUUGUUUUGCUUACUUAUCUAAGCUUUCUGACUGAUUAAAAGCUAACAAAACUAGGAGCAUUGGCAACCACAUAUCUUCAGAAGUGAGUACAGUUGUAACAUAGUGUUACAUCUGUCCCCCGCGGAUCACCUUGCAUGUUUGCCUGAUUUUCUCUGUGACCCUACUUCCUCUCAGAAUUCAUUGAAAGUAGACAAAUCAAUAAUUGCAACAAGAAACUCAGUAAAAAAAAUCGUUAUUCACAAUGAAAAAAAACUCCCAAAACUGAUGUUCUCAAAUAAUUUCUAAUCAAUGUGGACUAUGUUCUUCAAAUUUUGUACUCAGAGAGUAGAAUGCUAACGUGGAUGUAAUGUGAAUAUGCAUAUUGAAAAUGAAACUUCAAACUUGCAUUAGAAGUGAAAUAUUCACAGUGAUUCAAUUGUACUCUGUUACAGCUGUGCUUGCCCUAAUAUAUAAAUCGCAACACAAUGGGGCCUCCUUAUGGACAGACACAUACCUCGGGUUCAGUUUUCUUGUUGGGGCCCCAAGUACUAAAUAUAGCAUACAAGAUAUGUAAUUAGAAAGAUUAUCAAUCUGAAAGAUGUCAUACACAGUAUACAUUAUGCCUACAAUAAA